UGAUUAUUGCCUGCGAGUGGCUGACUAAGUAUCGAAUACAACUUACUUCCUCGGCCCAUCACGGGAUCGGAUGCGGUCUUUUCCCCCCACCAUGGCACGUGACCGUCUUCCCCCGGGAAUCGCUGAGAGUCUCCGCAACAACUUUCCCCGAAGGAGUCAUUCACUGCUGCUGCUGCUGGUUGUCCAGCCCAGUCCGCGUCCAGAGCUUACUUAGUACUUACUUCCCUCUGCCCGCAUCUUUCCUUUCCCUCCCUCGCUCUCUCUCUCUCUCUCUUUUCCCCUCCCCUCCCAUCUUUCUUCUUCUCUUCUUUCCUUCUUUCCUUCUUCCCCCUUUCCCCAUACUACUCGUGUGCUCACCUUCUCGAAAAAGUUUCAUAAUUUUCCAUUGGGCUCUUGUGUCUAUCAAUUCAAGUCACUUUCUCACACUGAGAUCCCACUCCGGGGCUUCUUACCGCCCGCCGUUCCGGAGCUCGCCUGCGAGACGGAGGGGACUCCCCCAACCUCGGUAGUUCCUCCUUACAGCCCUCUGCAUUCGUCCCAACUCUGAUUUUACUG